AUGGCUUCUGCCUCGGCCGCGGCUCUAUCAAAGAAUUGGGAAUUUGCAUCUACGCCAUUAGGCUUUAUUAACUAUCUUCCUCGCUGCCGACAGGAGAGAGUUUCCCUCGGUAGAUAUCUUUGCCUUCUCAAUGUCUUUCUUUAUCUAUCUCCACGGUUUGCUUUAUUUCUUUCUUUCUUUGUCCCUUUUCUACUCCUUGUCUUUUCUUCCUUUUUCUUUCUUUCUUUCUUUCUUUCUUUCUUUCUUUCUUUGUUCAUUAUCUACUCCUUGUCUUUUUCUUCUUUCUUUCUUUCUUUCUUUCUUUCUUUCUUUCUUUCUUUCUUUCUUUCUUCAAUAUUUGUCAUUUUUCUUCUUUCUUUUUCCAUCUAUCUAUCUAUCUAUCUAUCUAUCUAUCUAUCUAUCUAUCUAUCUCAUUCUGUUUCUAUCUAUCUAUCUAUCUAUCUAUCUAUCUAUCUAUCUAUCUAUCUAUCUAUUAGUUCACUUUUUAAAAUCCUUUAUGGCUUAUUUUCCUUUUCCUCUUCUUUCUUUACUUUUUCCUUUUUUCUCUUUUCUUUCUUCUCUUUUCUUUUUAUUUCACUAAUCACUUUUAUUUUUUGCUUCUUUCUUUUCUCUUUCUUUCUUUCUUUCUUUCUUUCUUUCUCUUUUUCAUUCUUUUCACACUUUCUUUCCCUAUUUCCAUUAUUGUCCUCCUUUUCUUUCUUUCUUUCUUUCUUUCUUUCUUUCUUUCUUUUUAUAUUUCUUUCCCCACUGUCUCUAUUUUACUUUCUUUCUUUCUUUCUUUCUUUCUUUCUUUCUUUCUUUCUUUCUUUCACAUUUUUGUUGUGUUUUUCUUCAUUUCCUCCCACUCUAUUCUCCUCCUUAUCCUCUUGCUCACGUAAUUUUCCAUGUUUUCUUUUUUUCCGUUCUGCUGUUCUAUCUUUCAGUCUUUCCUUUUCAUUUCCACUGUGGCUUCUCUCCGAACAAUUCUGCCCUCGUAAUUUCUUUCUUUCUUACUUUCUUUCUUUCUUUCAUUCUUUCUUUCUUUCUUUCUUUCUUUCUUUCUUUCUUUCAGUCUGUCUUUCUAAUUACUAUUCCCUUUUACCAAUUCAUUCUUUAUUUCUUUUACUAUUCACUUGUGUCUGUUCUUCCCUUCUUUUUUUCUUUCUUACUUUUUUUUCUUUCUUACUUUUUUUUCUUUCUUUCUUUCCCUUUUUUUUGUUACUCUACUCAUGUGCGUGUUCUUUGUCUGUCUCUCUCUCUUUCUUUGUCUGUCUUCUGUCUCUCUUUCUUUAUCUGUCAGUCUGUCUCUCUUUCUUUGUCUGUCUGUCUGUCGUUUUUUCUAUGUUUUGCUAUUACCUUGUGCCAAUUCUUUUUCUUUCUUUCUUUCUUUCUUUCUUUCUUUCUUUCUUUCUUUCUUUCUUUCUUUUACUAUCAUCUUGUCCCUGUUCUUUCUUUUACUAUUCUAUUGUGCUUCUUCUCUCUCUAUUUCUUUCUGUCUUUCUUUGUUAUUCUUCUUGUGGGCCAACGCUUUCCUUGAGAUUUCGUUUUUCUUUCUUUCUUUCUUUCUUUCUUUCUUUCUUUCUUUCUUUCUUUUACACUUCCCUUGUUCCAAUUCGAUCUUUUCUUUCUUUACUAUUCUUUCUGGCUAUUCUCUUGUGUCUGUUCUUUCUUUCUUUCUUUCUUUCUUUCUUUCUUUCUUUCUUUCUUUCUUUCUUUGUUAUUCUUUUUCAUUUCGACUCUAUCUUCUCCCAGGCUUUCUUUUAUCUUUCUUUGUGA